AUGAUAAAAGUUUUAAUAACAUUUUCACAAUCACAUUUGGAUUUUCGAAUUGCUGAAUUUGAAGCGAUUUGUGAAAUGUUCAAUAUUUCCUUUAAAACAGCAGAGAAUAGCUUCAAUAAACAGGUAUUUCGAAAAAUACGAAAAAAAAAAUGAAUUUCAUUUUUUUCUUUAGAAACAUGUUUAUCUAAUCGAUUUUGAAAAUUUGGAGGAUGUUAAAAAAGUUUUAUCUCGCGCAGUUCUCAUCAAAUUCGCUUUUGAAUUCAUUGAAAACGCGCAAAAUUACGAAGAACUUUAUGAGAAACUUGGAAAAACUGUCGAAAAUCAGACAUCAUUUGCUCUCCGAAUAUUUUCGAUUGGCCGCAAAAAAGAAAUUGGAUAA